AGUUCACAGAGAGUACGCAAAUUUUGUUUCUCAUUUGUGCGGUAUUUUUCGUGAAAAUUUCAGGAUUUUCAUUAUGAAAAUAGUGUGUGGGAAUCCAUAAGAGUUUCAUUAUAGUGAAUAUACUGUAAAUUAAUGUGUGACAAGAGUGGGAAAAGGAUGAGAAACUUGCCCUUAUCAAUGAGUGAGGUUAGGUGAAGUGCGGUUUCUGUGAAAGGACAGCAAUGGGGUUCGUAUGGUGUCCUUCACAUAAAAAUAUCAAAUCUUGCAGUAAAAAAAAACAGGUUAAUUGGAAAAAGUGAAAAAGUAUUCUACUGAACUGCCGGAGGUGUCCUAGUGGACAGUAGGAUCUAUAAAAAGGAUUAUUUACUAAAAAGAAAAUGGAAGGAAACGGUAGGAUAGUAAAUAAUACCAUAAGUGCAGUGAUUUAUCCGGUGGGAACUUAUUUGGUGCUCUCGGAGAAAAUGUAGUGCUUCUAUCCUAUCCGGGCAUGAGAAUAACAGCAUGGCAGAAAGGAUAUCCAGGACAAUUAAAUUGGAUAUCACAGAACUCAGAACAAGACAGAUCACAGAAAUAACUACAACUCGUCAGCAUAAGAUGGUAUCAGCCACCCGACUCCUAAAGGCUCUGGUCGCUAUUGUGGUGCUUCUUCAAGUGACUUGUGUUCUUGGUUUCCUCGACACGCGCCGCUGUGGCGCCGGCGACACUUCUUGUGAUCUCCGCCGAGAGUUACGACGCCUUGACGAUCGCCGAUUGAGUGAACGCAAAAUCGAAGAUCGAAGGGUUGACGAUCGACGCUUUGACAAUCGUAGAACCGUAGAAGAUCGGCGAGUUGACGAUCGAAGGGUUGGUGAUCGACGCCUCGAAGAUCGAAGAGUCGACAAUCGCCAAGUUGACGAUCGCCGAGUCGAAGGUCGAAGGGACGUGGAUCGACGCCUAGAAGAUCGCCGAGUUGACGAUCGAAGGGUUGGUGAUCGCCGACUAGAAGAUCGGAGAGUCGAUAGCAGACGAGUUGACGAUCGUCGCUUUGACGAUCGCCGAGUUGAAGAUCGACGAGACAUCCGCCGCGAUUCCCGCUCUGUUGAAGAUCGUCGAGAUUCUGCUCGUCGAGAGGCUGAAAACCGUCGAGAAACCAGAACUUUCACACGUGAGAUCCGUGAUUCCCGUCGUUCGGACAUUCGACGCCGAGAAAUCCCACAACGUCGCGAAACAAACUUCGUGCGACGCAAUAUCGAUGCCGUGCGCCGUGUGCGAACAGAAGGAGAUAGACGCCGAGAGGUCGCAAAUCUGGUGGACAGCCGCAUCCGGGAUGUAGAAUUCAGGCAAGUGGAUCGUCUUGAUCGACGAGAGGAUCGCCGAGAACGACAACAUCGUCGAGAACGUGAAGACCGCCAGGGAGAACAACGAGAACGCAGUGAACGACGUGAAAUUCAAUCAAUUCCUGAACUAACAGAGCCAAAAAUCAUCUCAAGUACUUCACUUUUCUUGCCAGCUUUGCAAACGAUCCUAAUUCUUGCGAUCAUCCUUCGCACCCUGAAAUCCCAGGAUGACGUGAACAAGUCCAAACUGGCUCAGAUCCUGGCCAAAUUCCAUGGAUUUACUUCUAAAGUCAAAAUGGCAUAAAUCCCUAAAUAACAAAGACAACUCCUGCUCAAGAUCCUAGAGAGAACGCCAAAAGAUCACUCUCCAUGACGACCCCCUGCUAAUGAAAAAGUGAAUUUUCUCUAUCUCUAAACCCAAUUCAAUGUGUGUUAGAGUAUUUAUAUAUAGUAAAUCUGUGUAAACUCUGGUAAUCAAAUCACUAAAGGAAUCAAAAUAUAAAUUUUCAACCUGGAGGUGGGUGUAUAUAAGAAUAAGAUUUUGUGUAUUGAUCUUAAUCAAAUAUCACAAAAAAUAAAAAGAAAUAUAUAUUUUUCUGCUCUCUAAACUCCAUCAAAUACCACAAAUUAUACUAUAAAUGUCUAAAUAAAAGAAAAUGUUGUAAAAAAAAUAAUCAAACAUUGUUGCUGGUGUAUAAUAAAAAGAUUAUUAUUGUACAAUUUCAAUC